AUGGCAACUCCAACUUCUCAAGAACCAUCCCAACUAUCUCCAGAACAAAUGCAGUUGUAUGAAACAAUCAGGCAUUUCUUAUACACCAGAAAGAGGGAUGUCCGUAUGCCUGCAGUCGCAAAGACCGUAUUGGAGGUCUCGAUCCAGAAGCACAUGGCGAAGUACGAAGUGGAGUUUUUGGACAACGACGAAAGACUUCACGUUGCACUACCCCUCAAGGUGUGUGGGGAGGAUAGUUAUGAGGUGUACCUGAGUCUUAAAGAAAUGCGCGAUGCUGUGGAGAAGGCGAAUCUUUCGACCUUCUUCCACAGUGAUGAAACCCAGCUUUCGAGAGAGAUGAUUCAGAUGACGCAAGUCCGCAUACCACAGCUUCAAAACCUAAACGCCACAACAGGGAAGGAGGGCGAAAGAAUCAAAGCUGAACAGCGUCAGCUAGAAAUACACGAGAAAGCGAUAGCACGACAGAUGGCACGAUAG